ACCCUUUGGUACCAGGAGCGGCUCCGCGCACAUCUCCGCGCUGUCUGUCUGUCUGUCUGUCUGUCUGCCUGUCUUUCCGCAUCCCUCCUCGGCUCCUCCGCCGCUCCGGGAGGAGUGGGAGGAGGAACCGCACUUUCAUUUUGUGCGUGAGCGCACCUCGUGCUGCAGCCUUUCCCGAAUCCGCGGCGAGAUUUUUAUUUCUUGGGGUUCGGUGGUUGUUGUUGGGUUUGGUUUUUUUUUUCGUCUGUUUUGUUUUGUUUUGCUUCCCUCUCGUUCGCUCUUCCUUCUCACUCAGAGAUGCGGGAGGAGUUGGGAACCUCGGGAGUGGAUGAGGGAUUCGUUUCUCCCCCUCUCCAGCUCCUGAGGGACCGGCUGAGAAACUACUGAGCCCAACAUCGGUCUCCUAACGGGGUCUCCCCCUCUCGUCUGCCGGAGCGGCGAAAUAACCGAACUGUGCGGUGCGCUAGAAAAAUAAAUAAAAAGAAGAAAGAAGGAAAGAAGAAAAAAAAAAAGAAAAGAAAGAAAGAAAGAAGGGAAAGAAAAAAAAAAGGAGAAAAGGAAAGGAAAGGAAAGAAAAAGGAAAGGAAAGAAAGAGAAAGACAAAAGGAAGAUACAGAGAGAGAAGGAAGGAACGAGCAUUGUGCCCCGACCCACGCCGGGCACCGGGCCGGCCCUGGCGGAACAAAGCGGCCCCACCGCCGGCUCCGCGCCCCGGCUCUGCGGAGAGGCCGAGGGGCGGGGAGGGGAGCAGCCCCGCUGGUGGCACCUCCGCAUCCCUUUUGUUACCGAUCCCGGCAAGAGGAGGACGAAGAAGGCGAUUAAUUUUUCUUUUUCCCCCUAAACGCGGCUCGUCGCCUCUGCGGCCCGCUGCCCCGAAUUAACGGGCGGAGGAGGGUUCGGAUGGGGGAACGGCUCUUUUCUCCCCCGAUGCGUCGCGCGUCUGAACUGUAAAGGCACCGCCGAGGGGGCGAGGGGACCCGAGGGGAGCGGCGGUGCGAGCGGCGGCGCCGAGGCUCCUCCGCCCCCUCCACGAUGAUGCUCAGCCCGGACCAAGCGGCCGACUCCGACCACCCCUCCUCGGCGCCCUCCGACCCGGAGUCCCUGGGCGGCGCGGACGGCCGGGCGCUCAGCUGCUGCGUCUCCGACCCGGAGCCCGCGGAGGGCGGCGGCGGGGGGGGAGGCGGGGAGGGCCGCGGCGGGGGGCGGCCGGGGCUGCACCCGCCGCCGCUGAGCCGCGAGGAGAAGAGGCGGCGGCGGAGAGCCACGGCCAAGUACCGCUCGGCCCACGCCACGCGGGAGCGGAUCCGCGUGGAGGCCUUCAACCUCGCCUUCGCCGAGCUGCGGAAGCUGCUGCCCACGCUCCCCCCCGACAAGAAGCUCUCCAAGAUCGAAAUCCUGCGCCUCGCCAUCUGCUACAUCUCCUAUCUCAACCACGUCCUGGACGUGUAGCGCCCGCCCGCCCCGACGGCCCCUCGGAGGCCGGAACGGGACGCGGCGCCGCCGGCCAGCCCGGCCCCGAGAGCCCACGGGCGGCCACGGGGUGGAGCGGGGCCCGGCGGCGGGCGCGGCGGGCUUUUCUUCGCGGUCGCGUCGCUCGCCCGCGGGAGCGGAGCGAGCGCUGCUUUAAGCAGAGAAGUGUAAAAUGGGAUUGUUCCUUCAGGCUGUCAAGUGCCCCUUUAUAUAUAUCCAAAAAACAUCUUCUUGUGACCUUAAACGUGUGACCCAUGGGUGCGGUUAAAAAUAACUAUUUUUUAUUUAUGGUAGAAGGAGUCGACAAUUUAUUUUUUUCAAGACUUAUUUAUUUUUCAGAGUGGUGGCAAUUUUACUUUGGAUACUUUGUGCCAAUUGUUUUCUAUAGUCGGGUGUUUACACUUUUCUCCUGUGGAAUAUUACGUUUCUAAGUGUGUGUUGGGAUCGAGACGGUGUUCUGUUUUGGUUUACUUUCUUGUUUGUUUGGUUUGCUCCGAUUAUAUUGCACUUGUGUGUGACAAGCCUUCUCUCCCUUCCCGUUUCUGUUUUAUAUACGCCAAGACAUUUGUUCUCGACCUUCUUUUCUUUUCCGUGUGCGUGUGUGUGUGUGUGUGUGUGUGUGUAUGUGUGUGUGUGUGUGGGAUGGACAACCACUAGCACUUAACUAGGAGAGUUUUUUAAGAGUUGUUGUUCUUCUGAUCUAUAGUUCCGUCCGAGAAGUACUUUGCAAAUCGUUUAUAAGGGAAGUAGUUCUUUUGUGGGUGUAUCGGUGUGUGCGUGUGUGCAUAUAGGCGUUACGUGUGUGUGGGGCUGAGAGUGGCCUGUAUGUGUGUGGUAUAUUUUUAGGAAAGGACAUUUUUUUUUUCCUAAAAAAAAUAAAAUAAAAAGAAGUAAAUCCAGGACUGCUUUCCUUUGUGACAACCAAAAAAAAAAAAAAAAAAAAAAAAAGCUAUAACCUGAAAAUGUUUCAUGUUCUUUGCUGUGAAUCUCUUCAAACAAGGAGCGCAUUCGAGGGGUGAGAAAGAAAAAAAAAAAAACACAUCUGCUAUCCAAAGAUUUUAGUCUUUUUCAGGGUUUUUUUGUGUGUCUCCGUUGCUUUAUAUAAUGCAAUAUUUUGUAGUGAAAAUAGAUAAAUCUGGUUUCUAUCUGAUACGUUUUUCAUAUCUCUCAUGAAUGGUGACCUGUUUUGCAUAUAAAUAAAAGUAUCAAAUAAAUGCUGUUUUUUUCCUAA